CAUAGAGGGAGGAGACUGCUGUCUGGAAGGGGAGUUGUCAGGGAAGGAAGGAGGGAGAGAAGAAUUUGCAGAGUGGUUGGAAGGAACUGGAGGUAUUAGAGAGGGAAAAGCCAAAUUAAACUGGGAGAGCAGCAGGACUAAGGAAGCUGUACCCUAACUACCCCACGGGGGGUAUCAGACCAGCCAGAGCACCCUCAGCAGCUGGACUCUGCUUCACGCCGUACAUAUGAGGUCUUUACGAUGUCUACGGACAGCGGGACCUCUCUGCCGGAAGGAGGAGAUCAGCAGGUUUUAGAUGUCGACGUGCGGCAUUCUGCUCUGCAAGCUGAGCAAGAAGGGACUCAGAAGAAAACCUUCACCAACUGGAUCAAUUCUCAGCUUUCCAAGCAUCCCCUUUCAUCGUCUGUUACGGACCUAUUUACCGACAUCCGGGAUGGGCACGUUAUCCUGGACUUAUUAGAGGUUUUAUCUGGAGAGGAACUGCCACGCGAAAAGGGAAGAAAUGUAUUUCAAUCCAGAAGCAACAUAGCAUCUGCCCUGACUUUUCUGGAGAGACGUUCGAUCAAACUCAUUAAUAUUCAUGUGGAGGACAUCGUUAGCGGAAAGCCGUCUAUUGUACUCGGCCUAAUUUGGAAAAUCAUUUUGCAUUUUCACAUCGAAGGGCUCGCCAAGAUAUUGGCAGACGCGGAGGAGAAGACCGAGGCGAACAAAGGAGCUUCACCGACCGCCAGCCCGCCGACUAAAAAGAGCGCCAAGUCUCGGUGGAAGCUGUCGGCCAAGAAAGCGCUCCUGCAGUGGGCAAAGGAAACAUGCGGGCGAUACGGGUCGAUCGAUAUAAAAGAUUUCAAAUCCAGCUGGAAGACGGGCUUGGCCUUUCUGGCGAUCAUCCAUUCUCUGAGGCCGGAUCUCGUGGACAUGGACAAAAUUCACGAGAGGACCGACAACGAAAACCUGCGAGAAGCGUUCAGAAUCGCAGAGAGUGAAUUAGAGAUCCCCAGGCUUCUGGAGCCCGACGACUUGAGUGUUUCCGAUCCCGAUGAAAAGUCAAUCAUGACGUACGUGGCGCAGUUCCUACAAUACUCCAAGACCGCGGGGGAACCAAAGAAAGAUAUGCCGGUCCGGGUGAAGAAGGCCGUCGAGUGGCUAAACGCAGAAGAUCAGGCAUUAAAAGAAUUAUUUGCUGCAACGAAAGUUGAAACUUACGCCAAAAAGUACAACGAAAUUCUUCUAUUCAUGAGAAAGUUUAACGAGCAAAAGCGGAUUUUCCUGUCUGACUUGGCGAUGACGUCUUUGCCGGUCGAAGACCAGGCGCUUAUCAGGCAAUCCUUGGAAAAUAUAACUACCCAGAUUGCAGAGUGGAAGGAAGACCUGGACCGCAGUUUACCCCCGCCGUUGAAUGACAUCGAGACGUGGCUCAUGGGGGCAGAACGUCUACAGAUGCAAGAAUUACCCGAGUCGCAGAACCCAUAUGAGACGAUGUCUCUGCUCCGAAAGAUAUCCGCUUCCUACAAGGAUAGGAUAUCCCCGGCUGCUGAUCAUUUGGAAACCGUCAAAUCCUUCAAGAACUUAGAUGAAAACGGUGCGAUUCUUGUGCCGAGUGAUAAGAUAGAGGAGAUGAAGACCAGGAUAAAUAAAAUAGUAGAAGGGAGUUUUAUCGCUCUUGUGGAUUACCGCUGUGCCGCGCAUCACGUGCUGGGGCUGCUGAAGGAGGCUAAACCCAGUUUAAAAAUCUGGACUGGAAAGUACAAAUCCCGGGAAUCGGUGGAGGCGCUUCUGGCCGACUGGAAAGAUUUUAUGGAAGAAAAACAGAUGCUGAUUCAACUUGAGACGGCUUUCCUGCGAUUCCGGGAGCUUAACGCCCGGCUAAUGGCUUCAGAUGAAUAUUCAAACGAUUCUGAAAUCAUAAAGGAGUACGAAGCGAUCCAGUCGAAAUAUGAACGGUUCCUGAAAGCCGCCCAGGACGCCAAAUCCAACUUGGAAAACGUUCUCUCUUCUUGGACGCAUUUUGAAAACAAUAUCGCGCUAAUUACACGCUGGUUGGAUGAACAACAAAGGAUACAAAAUGUUAAAGUUCCCAUGGAGAUCAUGUCCAAGUGGAAAUCCGUCCACGCGUCUUCCAACAACGAUGGAAACUUCCUGAUCGAAAGAACCGCCGAAAACACGGCUUCAAAACUCUCCAGCACACUGAAGGCUGUAAACGGUCGAUGGAACAAAUAUGUGAAAGUCUAUGAAGAGCAGAAGAAAGUGGAGAACGGCAGCAAAACUCCAACCAACCCGCCUGAAAAAGGAGAGCAGGAAUCCCCUGCUUCGGCGUCGCGUUCCUCCGAGGCUGAAAUAAAAGACAGGUUUGAGAGUUCAAAGAGCAAACUGGAAUGGUACAUCACCACGGCGACUCAGCUCCUCGGACAAAGACUCGCCCCCGAGGAGUUCAUCUCGCAGUACGAGAAAACCGCGGGGAGUUACGGCAAUGAAAAUCUUGACGGGUUUUUGAAAGCAGCCGAUCAAAUGAAAAACAUUUCGAGUCCUAAUGAAAAGGCGGCCGUGGAUUCGGUGAGCGCCGACAUCCGCAACAGGUGGCAGGCCGUUCGCGACGAGAUAGAGUCCUAUGUAUUUCAAUUAAAAAUUCUCGUGGAAAAAAAGAGAUUCGAGGAGUUAUUCUGCGAACUGGAAGAACAGAUCCGCAAAGAGGAGAAGUCCGCGGAUCCUCGAGGCGAGGAGGACCUCAUCCGAGAUCACAGGGUUUUGUUUUCUGAGGAAGGCUGUCAGGGGAGGCUGAACCGUUGUCUGCGGGCGAUGAAGGAAUUGGUUGCCGCCCCGAGUACGUCCAGAGAUAACGCGGAUGCCGACGCGUUAAUUGCAGAGUGCGCAAGAAAGCUGGAGGCGUUAGAGAGACGAGCGUCCGAGGUUCUAAGUUCCUUACUGACUCAUCAAGGUCAGACUAAACAGUUCCACGAGGAAAACGUUCCUUUUAUUGCUUACGAAAACGGGGCAGGCGGCGACAAAUCAGAACAGAUGUCUGAAGUCGACCCCGAGCAGCGGAACGGAAGUUUAAUAUGUGAAAACAACCAAACGAAUGGUUCCAUAGAUACAAUGUUACGGAGGUACGGUGCUGAGAAGUCUAAUCUGGAAAAUUUGGUAAAAAGCACAAGAGAGAAAUUUAUGACCGAGAGUCCGCGGGAUGCCGAAGACAUUCGAGAUCUUCAAAGCCGACUUCGCGAGCUGCAGGAGUUACAAGCCGAGGCAGAGCUGCGCUGGGUGAAGUUGGAGAGCGCCUCGCGUACUCUGGAGGCCCUCGUGGAUGGGACGGAGAAAAAGAAAUUAUCUGAGAAAAGAAAGAUAUUCCAGACCGACCUGGAAACUCUUAAAGAAGAAAUUGCAAGCCGGGUCCAGUCUCUGGAUUCCACAAUCGAUAUUCUGUUACCAAUCGAAGAAGAUGUUACUUUGCUGUGUGACUCCAACCAGAAGCCCAGGAAACAGGAGAUGGAGAAAUUCACCCUCUCGGCCAUGAAAUCGGUUUUCCAGGAGCUAAAGGACUUUCAGUACUGCGUUGAAGAUAAGAUUCAACAGUGUGAUCAACUGGAAUCUCUUAACGAGGUCGUUGAUCCAUCAAGUCCAGUAGAUUAUCAGUCGGUUCAAUCCGUGGUCCACCAGUACAAAACUCAAUUGGAAGCCACGAGUGAAACCAUGACGGAAAGAGAGAACGUUCUCAAAGCCCUGGAACAUUUCUUGUCUUCUCUUCAAGCCACCAAGUCGUCCAUCGAAGCUGCAGCCGCUCUUCAUGGGAUGGACGACACAACGCUCCGCGAGAAGCAAAGAGGACUUGAAGCAUUAGUCAAAGAAGUGUACCGUCUGCGGCAAGAGGCUCUGAUUCUUGACGUGUCCCUUCAAGCGGCAGAGAUCUCUCUGGAAGAUCCAGAAGUCGGAGGAGAAACGUCUUGUGAGAAGCUGCUUGCCGGGUUCUCCAAAAACUUAGAAGAGGCCAGACGAAAAGUUGCGCAAGAGCUCGGCGAUUUGGAAAGGAGAGAAGGCGUUAGUCGGGAACCUCUUAAUACGUCUUUGGAUCCGCCGAUGCAGAACGAAACGGUUUCAGAACAGAAGACCGAGGGCCAGGAGACGGAGAAGUUCACAUUGCUGGAGAUGGGCUCGGUGAUACAGGAGAUAAAGGACGUUCGAAGCGCCUAUGAAGACGAGAUCCAUAAAGUCGACGGUCCGGGUUCUCCUGCGGAGAUCGGCGAAGACCCAAGCGUCGUGCAGCGAUACAAAAUCGAGCUAAAGGCAAACCACGAAGCGAUGAGGGAAAGAGAGAAUGCCCUGAGAGCCUUGAAGACAUUUCUGUGUUCUCUCGAGGCGUUACGGUCGUCCGUUGAAGCAGAAGCUGUCGUCCCGGGGAUGGAGAGAAGAACCGUGCUGGAGAAACAAAAGAAACUUGAAACGUUGGAAAGGGAGGUUUCCUCGUUACGAGAAGAAGCCGAGGAGCUGGACGUCUCCUUACAAGCAUCGGAAAUCCUACUAGAAGAUCCGGAAACUGCGACGGGGACCUCGUGCCAGGAGCUGAUUGGCCGAUUCUCCGGAAGACUGGGAAAGGCUCGCGAGGCGACCCUUCGGGAGCUGAGAACCCUGGAUCGGAGAGAGAAGGUCUCGGCGCUGACCGCUCGGCUCAACAAGUUCUGCAAACACAUGCAGCACCUUCAGGACAAAACCGAGAAACUCAGCUUAAAAGAUCCAACGAUUCCUUCCAUCCGGCAAAGGAUGAAGAGUCUGGCUAAACUGGAAAAGGAUCUUGAUUCGUACUCUGGAGAAAAAGAUUCGAUUGUUGAUGGCGCGGCCGAGCUUCUCGUCUCUACGCAACGGGAGGGCUUUGAAGGUGUGGAGCGGUGCGAAGUAUUGUGGGAAGAUACAAGGCAGUGCAUCAUUUACAGUAAGGAGGAGUGUGAGAAGGCUUUGGAGCUCCUGCGCAGGUUCCAGAGGUGCCGGACCGCGCUGACCUCUCUGAUACAGAAAGGAGAAGAUACGAUAUCGCAGCGGUCAUCCUACAUGGGCAAAGAAAACCUCCAAAAAACCAUCGCCAAGGUGGAAGCCGUAAAGCAGGAGUUUAACGAUCGGGUGGAAGACGUCGAGGAAGUAAACCGUAUUUGUAAGAACCUGCAGUUCCACCUGAAUAAGAUGAAAAGUUUUGAAAGCCCGCCUUUCCAGAAGGAGGCCAACGCCAUGGUGGAUAAAUGGCUGGAUAUAUGUGAAAAAAUUGACAUUUACGGGGAAAACCUAAAAACCGCCUUCCGCCUUUGGAACAAAAUCCUCACCGCCUCGGAAGACAUUGGGCGGUGGUGCGAGUUAAGGCUGAAACUGUGCGAGGGCUCCGACCUCACCAUCGAGGACGCGUCGUCGUUACAGAACGAGCUGGAAACUCAAAAGCAAAAUCUGGAAGAAAUGAGUAAAAAGGCCGAGGAAAUCCAAAAGAUUCUACAAAGCAACGAACUCCCUCUGGAGUUACAGGUCAUCAAAACAUCACUUUUGAAUAAAAUAGACAUGAUUCGUGUGCUCGCUGCCAGAAUCCCGGCACGUGCGGCGGCUGGGUCACGCCUGGGUGCAGACGCGGACUCGAGGGCUACGCACGCGGAGCAAAACGGAGUGACCGCGAUUAGCGCCUCGCGGCCCGACGAUCUCACGGGAGUCAAUGGCAUCAAGGUAGAGACACCAGAAGAUGACUUCAGCAUCAACCAUCUCACAGAAGAUGAGACAGUUGACAUGGACGUACAACAUGAGAAGUUGCAGAAAAUAAACCCAGAACAUCCUACAAUUCCAGCGACUGGAAGCCAAAGAGGUGAAGAACAGACCAAGGAUCAACUGGACGAGCUGGCCGAGUGUUUCCAACACCACCAACGGAGGCUGAUGGAGCUGAGGAACCGACAGGAGAUCCUGAAGGCUAAUCAGCAGCCUGGUUUACGGGGGAAGCUAAACCAACUGGAGAGUCUUCAAAAACUGGCCCAAGAAACCCAAGAAGCCGUAGAUUCUUUGGAAGAGUUGAAACCAACAGAUGGGGCUCCUGGCGGUGAUCGGUGGUCAGAAAUGAAGCUUCCAUACGCUCUCUUCCUUAACCAACUACAGGACACAAUGCAGAUACUAGAAAGACACCGGCUCUCUGAGAGUCUCGCGGCCGCCCUGAAUAGCGAAAUGACGAGUUUUUCUGAAAAGCUGCUUAAUUUUACCGGCUUAUCUCGGGGAGCCGCAGAAUCCGAGCGGAAAAGUCAUAAAUUACAGGAACUGCGCGAGGAUCUUGAGAUCCUGGAGAAAAGUAUCGCGGAAAUAUCGGAGGUGAAGCAGGAAUCGCCCGCCCCAGAGACCUCGGGCGUCGAGGAGGCGUUGGGAGCGUACCGAGACCAGAUCAGAGGCUUCGCGGAAGAGCUCCGCCGUCUGAAAGAAGAGACGGAACCUUCUCCCGAGAAACGGAGGAUAAAGAAAGCUAAAAAGACAAAGAAAAUGGCUCCAGAACCAGAGGGUCACCCGGUGCGAGAGGAGAUCUUCACAGACAGAAAAGCCUCCAAGGGCCGAAAAAAGAAAAAACUGAUCGCUGAGCCUUGCGUGGAAGAGAAGAAAGGAACAGACAUUCAGCCGGCGACAGAAAGCAUUGAACCUUCAUACCGAGAGCAAGCAACGGAGCAGAAAGCGCCGACGUUGUCCGAGGUCCCAGGCGCUGACCGGACACCGGAUAAUAUCCAGGAUCUUCAGGAAUGGGUCGAAGACUCGAGGACACGGUUAGAAACCUUCAGGAACGCGCCAUGUGAUCAACACGAGUUACUUGAAAAAAUAAAAAAUAUCCAGGGUUUGUACGCCGAAGCGGCUCAAAAGAAAAUUGAUCUGGACGUGACAGACGGCGAAAGAGAAACCGUCGGACAGGAGCCAUUAGAGAGAACCACCCAACGAGAAGAGGCCAUCGGUCAACUGGAGACCCUUCUUGUGGACUGCGACGGGUACGGCAGGCAGCUGGAGAUGUCGUUAAACGAUUUGGCAUUUUGUGACCGAGAGUUCCAUCGGGUCUCGCGUCUCCUGUCAGCGGUUGAGGGAAAAGUGUGUGGCAGCGAGGCGCUUUCAGACAGCGCGGCGAAAGCUGACAUUUUGAGAGAGGUUCAGCCGCUAUACGAGGAGGUGAAGGUUUACAUGGGGUCUCUCGAUAAAGCGAUUGAAGAGGCCGCCAGGCUGAAUGUUUCCUGCAAGAGAGACAAAGAGAAAACGACAAUGAAAGAGACAUUUGAACUUGUAACGACAAAAAUGAUCUCUCUGUCUAGCCCUGAAGAUAUUGAGACCAAAGGCAGGGGUGAUCGGGAGGCGCAGACGAGCUCAACGGAGAAUAACGAUUGCCAAGAAGAAGCUGGCUCGCCGGACGAGCUUCAGGAAUUUCAGUUAGUGGAAGACCCCGAAGUCUCGGCGAAAGAAAUCCCACCGCCGUCCACUGAAAGCCUGGAGAAGGAAGAGAAUCUCUCGCCCGAGGAGCCCGAGCCUCACCUGGUUUUAUAUCAGAAAGACUUGGAGGACAUUUUUGCGGGAAUGGCAGACGGGGGGCUGAGGGACCUGAAGAGCGUCCAGCCGACGCCGGCAGUGAGGAACCUGCUAAACCUUCUUCACGGCUCGAAGCAUGUUGUUCAAGAUGUCAAAACGCUUCCCGGAGAAGACCAAGGAGGAUCAGUCAUGGAAGUCGUUGAAAGGAAGGUCAACCGCUUGAAAAAAUCCCCCCUGGAACUGGAUGAAAGGGAAGCCGAGAGACAACUUCAAGAAAUUGAGAACCUUUACGGUGAGAUCUCAAGAUUGGAAUCCACAACAUCUUGUGCGAAUGGCGGGACGCUGGGACUCCAGAAAGAAGACCGAGCCGCGGGGGGCGACAGCGAGACUGCCCAGCGGUUCCGGGGUCGGUGGCGGAGUCUGCUUUGCGAACUGGACGCAAUCAAAACUCAAAAACGCAGCGAGCGCCAAGAGAUUAAGGGCUACCAGACUGCACUGAAGUUGGCGAAGUCGUCGCUGAAAAGGCUUUUGAAAGAGAAGGAGGGUCUCAAAACGAGUCCAACAGAAAGUCAUACGGAUUGCUUGGAGAAGAUAGAGAACUUCCUGAAAAAAAUAGCCAAGGCUAAGGACGAUCUCCACGCCCUGAAAGAAAAGCGAUCCAAACUCAGCUGCUACGGGACAACGUUCACGGAGAAAGAAAAGAUGGACAUUGAAGUAAGAUUGCUGGAAUCGUAUUGGGAACAAAUGGAGCUGGAAGUGGAAAUGAAACUCAAUCGGCACGCGAAAGAAGCGGAAGAACUGACGCUCCUCAAGAAGGAAGCGGAUGGCGUGCGGCAGAUGAUACAAACCCAGCAGGAUCAGCUGGAUCAGCCGGCGGUGCCAUCUGAAGACGCUCUGAAGGUCUCUCUGCUCUUGACUGCAGACCUGCAAGCCCUCAGACAUUCGCUCGGCUCGUUAAGAAACGCAUGCGACCUGCAAACGAGAAGGACGUGGGGGUCGGCCGAACGCAGGAGUCUGGAGAAGUCACUGGAAGACCUAGAACGCGAACUGGAAGAUCUGCAGCACCGCGUGACCGAUAGGCAGCAGACGGAGUCUCAAACGCCAGAGAUCCUGCUAGAGCAAUAUCCCUUCCUUCAACCGCUCUACGAGGUGCUGUUAUGGCUCAAGACGUCGCACGGCAGACUUGAGUUCGAUGAGUCCGUGGCGCUUUUGCCGGAAGAUUUGGAAAAACAGAUCGCGGAAUGCAAAAAAGCGCAAAAAGAGAUUUCGGACAGAAAAUCCCUCGUACGCUCGAAUAUCGAAGAGUCGAAACGGAAUUUUUCGGCGGUAGGAUCGCCCGUGUCCGAGGACUUCUCCUACUUUUCUCAACAGCUCCAAAAAGUACACGAGGAGCGGAUCGCUCAGUCCGCCGCCAGGUUGCAAGAGUUGGAAACGGGGAUGGAAGAGAGGAAAGCGCUCUUCUCAGAAAUCCAAAAAAUUGAGGAGUUGCUGCGCAACCUCGAAGCGAAGGCAACGCCGGCAAAGAGGAGAAUCGUCCCCGUGGCAGAACUAAGUCAGCAGCUAAGUUGUUUAAAGUCCGAAAUAAUGGAUCUCGAGGAAAUCGAAGGUCUCGUUUUGACGCUCCUUAAGAACAGCCAGGCCUGUCGCCGCGGACUCAGGAUCUCGGAACAAAUUUAUUUAAACGACACCUUAAGAAGCCUGAAGAUCAAAGCGAGCAGCCUACGGCGAUUGGAGGAGAGGAAGUUUUUGUAUUUCGAGAAAGUUCUCGGCGUCUACAACGAGUUUCAAGAAAGGACAAACCUCUUAAAUCAAGAACUGAAGAGAGUAAGGCUCGGGGAUCCUGAGGUUCCGAGUGACCAAACCGGAAGCGUUGAAGAAGACCUUAAAGAUAACAUAGAAGUCGCUCAAAACGCCAUUUCUUUGCCCACAGAUUAUUGGUCUCAGAUACACAGCUACAAGGAACUGUUUGAGGACGCCGGGCUUUACUGGGAUAGUUUAAUAGUCGACAGCUUGCAGAAAAACUCCAUCGUUGGGCAACCAGAGACGGAAGGACGAGAUACAUUGUUUCAUUCGGAAGCGAGACGUUAUCAGGAGAUGGUGGGAAAAAUAAAAGCAACGGUUCCUGAAAUCCUGGGGGAAGCCGGCAGCAUUUCGAGUCGUUUUGAUAUCGUCGAUGCCCGGUUUUUAUGUAAAAAGAUAAAUAAAGUAACGGCCGUGAUUAGAGAGGCGAUGGAGUUUUUGCAUAAACACCGGCCCUCGGGUUUAGACGCAGAAGAACCGACGGUGAACGAAGCGGCAGAAACCUUGCAUAAAGUCCACGAUUCCUUGAGCCGCCUAAUAAGUGAUUGGCGGUCACGGAAAAGAAAUGGAGGAAAUACCAAGCGUCGGCUGACACGCGCGUUGUCUGACCUGAGGAAUAUCCACGCUGAGCUUCAAGAACCCUUUGUCGUUGAACUGGACGUUGGUAAGAUCCAGGACAAGUUGCUUAGACUGGAGGCCAUCGAUGAAGUCAGCGAGUCGGAAAUACAGGACUUGAGGUCCAUCCCAGGCCUGGACACCGCAGAAGACCUCAAAGAAGAACUGGCUGCGUUAAAUGAUGUCGAGGAACGUCUUCGGAGCCGCGUAUUGCAACAUAUUGAUACCGCUAACGAAUGUUGUAAGGCUCUGCGGAAUUUUGAGGAAGCCGUCGCCAAGUUGGCGGAACUCUUCGCGCAGUUUGAAUGUCGGCUCCGUUCACACGUGGUGGACCUCGCCAGCCUACGAGGAGGAUCGGAGCACGAGGGCUCCCUGGUUAGUAAGAAAGAAGAGAUGGACGGCGCUAUAAGCGAAAUACGACGCCUUUCGGAUCUGCUGAGGUCUCAUUGUAGACCAGAAGCCGUGGAGCAGAUGGAUGAUACGUUGGCUGAGAUCUCGGAGAUCCAUUGCCGGCUGACCGAACUGCACGAGAUAAAAGCUUCUGAACUGAGCAGUUAUCAUGGAAAAUACCAAAUAUACGGUGGAAUCAAACAGAACAUUAUAGACGGACUUCAGGAGGUGGAGACGUUUUUAAUCGAUUCCUUUUGCCAGAGGCCGAGGUCCUACAAAGCAGCUUGGAUGGAUUGGGAGAAAAUUAAGAAUUUAAUUGAAAAAUUAUCCUCGUUGGAAGAAGAGCUAAUGAAGCUCAGACAAAUAUCUUGGGAGCUACGCCAGGUCUCUUCCGAGAACGCCCACCUUCUCCUCGACCGAACGGCGGGACUGUUACGGGAUCGGUGGGUGUACUGGCUGGGUUUUGCGCGGAACUGGGAGGCCUUCUACGAGGACCUGAAACAAGAGUGGAAGUUAAUCAGCGAAGAGAUGGAGAGGGAGAUGAUACUUCUAGACCAUUUUCAGGAAGAAGCCCCAGACAAGGCUGACGUGAAGCAGAGCACGAAACAUCUCCUGGGGUCUUUACUCGAGCAGAAAAACUUUGACGAAAAGCUGAAGAUGCAACAGCUUCAUUUAACCCUUCUAAUGUGCCGGGUAGAAAACGUCUGCCCUGCGGCGGAGAGCUCCUCGGGGGCGGACCCUAUCCCCAUCAUUAAAGAAAUCCAGUCCAUGAAACAGAAGUGUAAAUUACUUCAAGAAAAGGUUCACAAGAGUGAAGACGCCAUAAACAAAGAGCUUCGAGAAAGAGAGAAGUUAAGAGGAGACUUCUCUGCGGUGAAGAGAUCGCUUCGCGAGGUUUCAACAGCUCUGGAGGACCCAGAGACACAAGACCCCGCAGAGAUAAGGGCAGAGCUAGAGAAAAUUCAAGGGUUAAUCGGCCUAGAAAAGGAAAAAGCAGAGAGUGUGGCGGAGGAGCUGGCAGUCCGGUACCCGCAGAGCGUCCCCCAAGAGCUUUCUGUGCUUCAGGAAGAAUGUCGGGCGUUACUGGGAGAUACCGAAGAGAAGGUUAAGAAUGAGAUGUUGAAAACGUCUCCUCAGUACGUCAUGACCAAGACAGUCGAGGAGAUAACAUCCGGCCUCCAGAGAAUAGAAGUUCAGCUCACGCAAAAAAGCCAAAAUAUCUUCAAAGCCAAAGAACUCCAAAAGAACAUCUGGGAUGAAGUUGACGCCUGCCAUUCCAAGCUGAUCGCGCUGGAGUCCGAGGUCCAGGAUCUGGCAGAAGAAGACCCGAGUCGGGCACAGGAGUGGAUGGAUAAAUUAACGGAGCCGUUCAGCCGCUACCAGCAAGUAUCGUAUCUUGUCGAGCGCCGCACGGCUAAUCUGAAUAAGGCGGCUACCAGGCUCGAGGAAUACGAAGAAACCUUAACGAGCACCGAAGCCUGGAUCAAGAGCGCCGACAACUUGCUGACUGAAGAAAUGAAAGAUUGUUCUGCGAAAGCCCUCAGUCGGCAUUUAAAUGCCUUGGAGAUUGCUUUGGACGACUCGGAGCAGAAGCACAAUAUUUUGGGGCAAAUCCACGGAGAAUUGGGCGAACUGGCACAAAUCUUCCAGACAGAAGAGGUGGAAAAGCGUCUCGGUGAAAUAAGCAGCCAAGUGAUUGUUCUUCAGCAGCGGAUCGUUACCGUCCUUCCGCAUGUCCAGCACGUGACGAGCGAAAUACUUUUUAUAGAAGCUGAAGUAAAGCGCGUGGAGAAGAAGGUGGAAACGAUUAAAACUAUUUUGAUGUCGAAUGAUAUCGAUGAUAUGUCGCCCAUGGAACAUUACAAAAACGGAGAGGUUAUACUUCAGAACACGGAACCCAUGAAGAAGACGAUCGCUGAGAUAGACGCUUACGGGCUGGAGCUGAGGUUAUCCGAGUCUGGGGUCCGAUCCCUCUGCGUGUUCAGAAGGACGGGGCAGCUCUUCAAACAGAUCGAGACGCUGGAAAACGCCACCAAAGAGCAAAAUAACCUAUUAACGCCGAUCAUCACUGAAAUGAAGGAGUAUGAACAGGAACAAGAAAAACUAAAACAUCUUUCCAAGAACUUUACCCUCGAAACCCCGGAUAUCAAGAUGAAAACAGAAGCUUUGAAGGAUCGUCUGGGGGAGAUAAACCGCAGAAAGGAGUUCCUUUUACUUUCCCUGAGAAGGUCGAUCACGGAGCAGCUUCAGCUUCUGGAACGAGAAACCCAGGACGGGGGAUCUGACCCUCUGAGCUCUCCUGUGACCGAGGAACCGACACCCCCCGGCACAGACACCCCUCACGCGCAGACAUGGAUGGAGUCCUACUUUUUGCCAUCGUUGGUGGAGGAGGCUGAAGAAGACUCGCUGCCGACUCCAUUUAGUGAAAAUGCAACGGUGGAAGAAAAGGCUCUGGCAGCCGGAGACGUCUCCCAACGAUCUCCAGCUGAACCCGUCCCAGAUCCUUCAACUGCUCCAUCAGAAGACGCAGAUAAGGGAGAUGCGGGCGAAACGUCGGCUGCUGUGAUGUCUGAGGCCGAGGCGAUUUUCAGCGAUUGUCAGGGGCGAGUGGCCGAGGUGGAGCUCUGGUUGGAAAGGGUUAACUCGUCGUUGGCUUCGGGCAAACAAGAUCCCGAGAUGCAGCGCGUGGUGGAGCGGCAGCUCGCUGACUGUCAGAACACGGUAAAUGAGAUCGAGAAGAAGGUCUUGGCUUUGCUCGAAGGCAAAGGCCAGGAGGAUCUGCAGAGAGAAGCCAAAUCUCUAUCAUUAAAGCUACGGAGCCUCAAACCCCGCUUGGAGCGCAUGCAGGAGAUGCUGCAGAUGAAGCCCAGCAACGAGCAGGUUCCUAACGGAGCGCCGGCGUCACCGGACUCCGCCGGCCAUCUGCAGACGACACACAACGGCGCUACGGACCCGGCUCGGGCUGACCGAAGCAUUACCUUCGGCCCGGAGCUGGUUGAGAAGAAACUUGGUGAUCCAGCGGAGUCCGAGCCAACUCACGAGACCCCCGUAUCUCAGCGAUCGGGACUAUAUCCCCGCUUUAUAUUUGAGAUGAAGACCACGUUCUCGUGUCCCCCCCCAUCAUCCAUUGUUUUUUGUUUUGUUUUCAGAAAUGAAUUUGCGGAAGACGUUUCAGGCGACGUUUCCCCUCCGGUCGGCGUCGUCAGGCCUUCGUCUGAAGAUAUGAGUUGGUGCAAGUGGCAGUAUCUACAGAGAGAGCUGUCGAGUCGGGUGAAACCCAUUAAUGACCCGAUUGCGGCCAAAGACGUGACGAUAAGUUCUCUGCCGAGAUUUCCAGUGAGCGCGGCGAAAAUACCGUCUUCUGAAGACGCCGUGAAAUUAAAGCUGAAGCUGGAGGUUCUGGACGACGACGACGUCCCGGAGAAAGAAGGAGGUCAGCGGGCGGCGCUUUUCGCUUGGCUCUCCUCGGCUUCCCGGUGGUUGGAAAGCGUGGAAGAAGCGCUGGGCGCGGACGUUCUAUCCGAAGAGGACGCCGCGUCGCACCUGAGCCUGUGUGGGAAACUAAAAGCCGAUAUAGGAAAGCUAUCCGAAGCCAUGGAGAGUAAGAAGGACGGCGUUUUCAGACCUUCGGCGUACGGGGAAGACCCCGCGGCGGUAUUAUCGCGGUGUUACGCGAACGUGCAGGCUUUGCUGGCGCAGACGAGCCUCGCGGCCGAUUCCAAAGCGCAGAGAAUACAGACAGAGCUUCAACGGAGCCGAAGCUACCAGAAUGAUUUAUUACAGUUAUAUGAAGUUCUGUUGAAGAAGAAAGCUGAUCUCAUACAACGUUUCAGCAAUGGGGGGAACCGAGAGCCAACAGAAGAACUUAAAGAUGCUGCCGUGUACGAGACGGAGUUAAAUAAGUAUGAAAGUCAAGUAUCGUCACUGAAACAGCUUGGGGAGAAUAUGUCGGCUUUAAACCAAGAUGUCCCCAAACUGGAGGAAGUUCUUAGUGACGCCUGGAGGGUCCUCCGAGCCAAGCAGGUAGAAUGUGCCGGGGCUGCUGUCGGCGAGACGCGUCUGGGUGCGCUGUCUCGCGGGGUAUCCGAGCUGUUGGCUGUCGGGAAACAGAAGGUCUCUCGCAGUAAGACUCGUCGUUCAUUCACUAAAGAGACCCUGACGUCCCACCUUCAGGAUCUCAAAAAUUUUUUCAGCAUUUUCGAUAAUCAGGUGCUCUUGCUCCAAGCGCACUCGUUAAAGCCGUUCCAUGGGGUAUCGGGCGAGGAACAUACGAGAUACGGGAACGUGCUGCGGGAAGCCUCGUCACUCCAGGAAGACGCGGAAUCGCACGUCAUCCACCUGACGAGCGUCUUAAAGGACUGGCAAGAAUUUGACUCAAAAUAUGAGCGUCUUAGCAAGGAGCUAAAGUCUUUGACAUCCGCGAUCCCCAGCAAAAGUUUGGUUGAAGAAACAGAAGAAAGAGUGAAGGAACGGCUCAUCCAGUAUCAGCAAAUUAAAAGGCUCAUCGAUGCCAACGAAUCCAGAGUGAGCCAAAUCAUCUUGGACGGGAAGAAGAUUCUGACGCACGUGAGCUGCCCGGCGCUGGAGGCUCAGAUAACCGACGCGGAGCAGCAAUGGACGUUUCUAACCAAGAAAGCCGAUCACGACCUUCAACGCCUCGAGACGCUCAUCAGACUCCUGACCAGUUACAACCGAGAUUUGGCCGAAUUAUCACAAUGGUUACAAUCUGCUCAGCAAAAACUGAAGAGCUGGAAGAGCCAAUCGCUGGACGCCUCUCAGGAUCUGACCGACGUCCGGCAGAACCUCAGCGACUUCUAUGAAUUCACGAGCGACGUCGAUAAGAAAAUAUCCCUGAAGUCGUCCGUACUGAGCGCGGCCGACCAGCUGCUGUGUGUGAUGGAGGCUGACGCCACGCCGCUGAAACUGAGGCUGGCAAAAGUGGAGGACGGGUGGUCGGAGCUUGUGGCCGCGUUGCCGGCCGUGGAGGAGAGACUGCAGCAGCUGCUGACGGAGAAGCUGCCCUCCUGGGAUGCAAUUAAGGAACUGAUGACUUGGAUGAGCCAAGCGGAGGAAAGCGGAGAGAGCGACGGAAGAAUAAACCCUCCGGAUUCCGCGUCGGAGAUCAGAGACCUGCUGCAGGAAUAUAAGGACCUCAGGAAAAAAACGCAGGACAAGCAGUGGGUGGUGGAUUUCGUGAACCAGUCGCUGCUCCAGGUGAGCGUCGGAGACGUGGAGAGUAAGCGCUACCAGCGGACGGAGUUCGCGGAACAUCUGGGCGCCAUGAACCUGCGGUGGGAUCAGAUGAAGGGGGACAUCAAAAAGAAGAUUCACUUCUUAGAGCAAACCCUGGAAGCUGUAAGCGAAGACGAGAGCCGGAGGCAGGCACUGAGCGACUGGUUCACGGCCCAAAGGCAGCGGCUGACCGAGUCGCGGCUUCUGUCAAGUCUUCCCGCGGCUGAGAGUCUGCUGGCGGAGUGCGAGGCGUUGGAGGAGCAGCUCGUCUCCAAGACGGAUUUAAUCAAGAACCUGAGGAAGGGCGCGGCCGGAGACGGUGCUGAUGGUGGAGCUGAUGGUGGAGCUGAUGGUGGAGCUGAUGGCGGAGCUGAUGGUGGAGCUGAUGGUGGAGCUGAUGGCGGUGCUGAUGGUGGAGCUGAUGGUGGAGCUGAUGGUGGAGCUGAUGGCGGUGCUGAUGGUGGAGCUGAUGGUGGAGCUGAUGGUGGAGCUGAUGGCGGUGCUGAUGGUGGAGCUGAUGGCGGUGCUGAUGGUGGAGCUGAUGGUGGAGCUGAUGGCGGUGCUGAUGGUGGAGCGCUGGUCUUGUUGGAUCAGAAGGACUCUUUGGCCGCUCAGGUUGCGGAGUUGAAGUCCUCGCUGCCGUCCGUGAUUCAGCUCUGGAGAACCUACGAGAAGAACCUCGAAGAGGUGGACAGGAUGACUAUCAGAGCGUCGCACGUUCUAGAGCAAGGCCGGCGUUCCGCGUCGUCUCUGUUUGCCCUGCAGAGCCGUGUGAAGAGUCUCCGGUUUGUUCAGGAGAAAGCAGAACAACAUGAAGAACACUGGAGGAAUCUGACGGCUUCUCUGGACAGUCUGAGGGCGAUGUGCAGCCCAUCCGCCCAAGAAAUCAUGGAGGAGAGGCACAGAGACUGCUCGGCACGGUGGGCCGCAGCAAAUCGGGAUCUCCUCCUCCAGAUAGAGACCGCUGAGUCCUUACUGCGGCCGUGGGAGGCGUACAGCGGGGCUCUAGCGGCCCAUUCAACGAGGCUGGGAGAACUGGAGGAGAAAUGGGAGCUCGUUUUAAACGCCAACAUCUCAGAGGACCGACCCGCGGACUCGCUGGAGCGGAGGAUUCGGGAUCUGAGUGAGCUGAAGCAGAGUCUCCGGGAGCUCCAGAAAAACGCAGAACAUAUUUCUGAGCUGGCAGACGCGGUAAUAAAGCGGAACCCGGCGGCAGCAGACACAACGCUGGCGGAGAAAGAAGACGCAUCGCGUAGAACCAACCGUUUGGAAAGAAAAGUUUCUUCAAAAGCAGCAGAACUGACGUUAAUGAAGAGCGACGUUGACGCCUUUAAGGGGGAUUUGGAAGCUCUUCAGACUCGUGUCGGGGCAUCUGCUGAAGCCGUUGACCAAAUCGCCAGGUCUGGGAAAGAAACGGAGGAGAAAUCUGAUUUAAUAAAGCAGCAUCUGUUGGGAGUCAGUGAAAUGUCGGCUGACAUCGAGCGGUUAAACGAGGAGAGCUUCGCACUCCCGCUGGAUGACCGCUGUUUGAGAGAAGUCCAAAACCUAAAUCGCGCAUGGUCCAAAACGGCAGCAGCCGCCCUGGAGCACUGCAGAGAACAACGCAUGAUUCAGCUGGAAAACAAUAACUUUCUUCAAAACUAUGAAACCUGGAUGGAGUCGCUGGAAAAAAUGGAGAAUUGUCUCACUUGCGGCAUCGCUGGGACCUACGAAACCUUAAAGACGCAGCACGAGGCUUACGAGAGGCUUCUGGCCGAGAUAGCCAUAAACGAACACAUAUUGCCGUCUUUCAUUUCAAAAGCUUCAUCUCUUUUGGAGAAAGGACUGGAGAAGAACAGGAAUGAGUUUAUUUUGAAGCUGACGGUUUUGAGGGAGAAGUGGACCAGCGUCAUCCGGCUGGUCCGGGAAAGAGAGAGGGAGGUCAGAGCUCUUCUGAAACAGUGGCGGAAUUUCGACCGAUCGAAGAGAAGAACCGAGAAGCUUCUGCUGGGAAUCCAAGACGCUUUGGCCAGCUUAGAGACCGAGAAAAGCCAAAGUUAUCUCCAAACGGAAAAACUCAAAUAUGACUUUAAGGAUAAGGAACGGCAGCUCUGCAGGUGGCGUUCAGUUUUCUUAAAGACUUUGGAUGCCGGCAAAGACCUGCAGGCGAUAGCAGAGCCAGAAACAAGCGCAACACUGAGCCGCGAUGUGGGGGAACUUCAGAAAGAGUGGGAGACCACCGAGUCGCGGCUGCAGGCGGCACUGACCCAACUUAAUACCGCUGUCCAGAAGAGGAAUGACUUUGAGAGUCGGAUCGAAGGCAGGAGGAAGGUUCUGCAUGAGCUUAAAGCGCGAGUGGAUGAGCCUCUCCCCAUACUCCACGAGGAGCUACUGAAGCUAAGAGAUCCCACUAAGGAGCUGGAGGAAGCGCUCAAUGAGUGGAACGAGAGUUUGAGGGAGCUCGAUAACAUGAAGACGGAGCUAUCCCAGUAUAUUAUCACCGAGGACGGGCUGCUUCUGCACAAGCAAGUGGAGGUUCUGCACCGGCAAUGGGACGAGCUGUGUCUCAGGGUCUCCAUGCGGAGGCAGGAGAUAGAGGACCGGCUCAACGCCUGGAACUUGUUCAACGAGAAGAACAAGGAGCUGUGCGAUUGGCUGACCCAAAUGGAGACCAAAGCCCUGCAAACCGCCGAUCUGAACACCGAGGAGAUGAUCGAGAAGCUGCAGAAGGACUGCAUGGAGGAAAUUAACCUCUUCAGCAAAAACAAACAUCAUCUCAAACAAAUCGGGGACCAGCUGAUCAUCGCCAGCAGCAAGGCCCGGGCCGCCGCCAUCGACAACAAACUCCACAAGAUCAACGACCGCUGGCAGCACCUGUUUGACAUCAUUGGCUCGCGGGUGAAAAGGUUGAAAGAAACUCUGGCCACGAUUCAACAGCUGGAAAAAAAUAUGAGUAACCUUCGCACUUGGCUCGCCCGAAUCGAGUCCGAAUUAUCCAAACCUGUGAUUUACAGUAUCUGCGAUGACCAGGAGAUACAGAGGAAACUCUCCGAGCAGCAGGACUUGCAGAAAGACAUAGAACUGCACAGCGCCGGGGUGGCUUCCGUACUGAACAUCUGUGAACGUCUUCUACAUGACACCGAUGGCUGUGCCAGCGAGACACAAUGCGACUCCAUACAGCAGACCACGAGGAGUCUCGAUAAACGGUGGCGGAAUGUCUGCACCAUGUCCAUGGAACGCCGUUUGCGAAUUGAAGAAACCUGGCGUUUGUGGCAGAAGUUCCUGGAUGAUUAUUCCCGUUUCGAAGAGUGGCUUGUUGAGUCGGAAGCAAUGGCUGCGUUUCCAGGCUCGUCUGAAGUCUUAUACACGAAAGCCAAGGAGGAACUGAAGAAGUUUGAGGCGUUCCAGAGGCAGAUUCAUGAACGUCUUACUCACCUUGAGUUGAUCAAUAAACAGUACAGGAGACUCGCCCGGGAGAACCGCACCGACGCGGCCAGCAAACUCAAGCAGAUGGUCCACGAGGGGAAUCUGCGGUGGGACCGGCUCCAGAGAAGAGUUUCUGCAGUCCUCAGAAGGUUGAAGCAUUUUACCAGCCAAAGAGAAGAGUUUGAGGGGACCCGAGAUAAUAUCCUUGUCUGGCUGACGGAGAUUGACCUUCAGCUUACCAACGUUGAGCAUUUCUCCGAGAGCGACAUAGGAGACAAGAUGCAGAGGCUGAUUGAGUUCCGACAGGAGAUCUUGCUCAAUACCAACAAAGUCGACCAGUUGAUCGUCUUUGGGGAGCAGCUGAUUCAAAAGAGCGAAGCGAUGGAUGCCGUGGUCAUCGAAGACGAACUGGAAGAGCUGCACAAAUAUUUCCAAGAGGUUUUUGGUCGCGUGUCUCGUUUCCACCAAAGACUAACCAACCGGGACCCGCAACUGGAAGAGGAAAGAGAAACGUCCGAGAAUGACACCGAUGCUGAAGACUCCAGGGAGCUGCACAAUACUUCAUGGCAUUCCUCCAUACACGAGGCGGACGCGUCCCACCCGUCGCUUUGCCACCUGAUGCCUCCGCCUCUUCCCCACGAGCGCUCUGGCCGCGAGACUCCCGUGAGCGUGGACUCCAUUCCUCUCGAGUGGGAUCCCACCGUGGACGUCGGAGGCUCUUCCAUGCACGACAACGAAGAAGACGGAACGUACUACAACGCCUUGUCAGAUGUAGAAAUCCCAGAGAACCCCGAGGCAUAUGUCAUAAUGACAACCAAAACGGUGCAAGCUUCUUCUGGGAAAUCGGACUUGGACGCGGCUUCCUGGCACUCGGCAGACAAAGCGGCCCAAGUCCGGAAACGCGAGUUUCAGCCGCGGGAACUCAUGGAGGGGCUGAUUGCGGCGACGGCAGAAACGAGUCCGACGCUUGAUGUGACCUCGUCUGAACAAGCGAUGACCGCCACCGACCCCGGAGAACCGGAGCCCCCGGCGUCGAGUGCUGCAGGAGAUGAGGGGAUUGUAGGCUUCGGGAGUCCAGAAACUCAUUCGGGCGUAAUCGAGCGAUGGGAGAUCAUUCAGGCUCAGGGUUUAAGCAACGAACUGAGCGUGAAGCCGAACCGGCAAAAGCUGCAGCAGAUCUCCUCCGACGUAAACAACGUUUCCCUGUGGCUCGAGCAAACGGAGCGCGACCUGGACAACGCGAGGAAGCUGAAGCCCGCGUCCACCGUCCGAGAGCUGGAGCUGAAAGCCAAGACGCUGAAGGAUACGUUAAAAUUAUUUGACUACUACAAAGCCGUGGUGAUCUCGGCCAAUCUGAGCAGCGAAGAAUUCCAGCCCGGAGAGGACGCGGAAUCCAGGGAUCUACUGAAUCGACUCCAUGAAGUCAACCUGCGAUGGGGCAGAGCGUGUAAUACGCGGGACGAAUGGAAGGAAACCUUACAGAACGAGCUGAUUGCGUGCCAGGACUUUCAGGACGUGAGUGACCGGUUGUUGAUAUGGAUAACGGAGGCCGACUCGAGGAGGCUGAAAUACCGAGUCCCAAACUACUCCUCGGAACGGGGGGUGCUGCUGGAAAGCCAAAGCCAGCUGACGCAACUGGAAAAGCAGGUGCUGGAGAGACAAGCGGAAGUGAACGGGUUAAAAGACCUUUGCGGUUACCUUCUCGCUAAGCCUGCGGGGAACGUUUACAUCGAAGCCGAGGAGAAGGUCCACGUCCUUGGAAGUAGAUUGAACCAGCUUACCAAAGAUCUCUCCGAAGACUUAAAGUCUGUCCAGCGAGCGCUCGAGAAAUCUACAUCGUCCGAUGCUGUGGACUCUGUGGGUCCUUUAUCGUCUGAUGAUCUGGCUGCUGUUGGAAGACCUGUACAGGACACAGACAGAUCGCCGGAACCUGCCGCCUCUGCCCGCGACGUUUCCAGGAAUCCCUCUUUGUUUUACCGCGUGUUGAGAGCGGCGUUUCCGCUGCAGCUGCUGCUUCUGCUCCUCUUGCUCCUGGCGUGUAUGAUCCCCUACUCGGAGGUGGACUUUAGCUGCGCGCAUUCAAACAACUUCGCAAGGUCCUUUUACCCCAUGCUGCGAUACACCAACGGGCCGCCGCCGACAUAACCCGGCGAAGAUCGGCGUGAGCCCAGAUACAUUAACCUCGCCUUCGAGCCGAGUUCCGUAAGGACCGCACGACGCCUGCCUAAUCCACGUCUUAGUCAAGUGUUUGUGUCGAAAGCUGAAAGUCCUCCCUGUCACCCCGCUCGUUUUUAGGGUAACUUUUUAUUUCUAAAUUUUUAAUUUUUUUUUAAAUGAUUUUUUAAAAAUUUUUAAAUGUAUUUUCUUGGGGGAAACUUAUUUCAGACAAACUUCUGGGUGUCCCGUUUCGAUAUAUAUGGCCCCUGGGGCAAUCUCUUUGGGAAUUUUGUAUACAAAAAUAAAUAAAA